AUGGAUCCCUUCCCACUGGAACCCUACCGCUCCGCGCGACUCCUCUACCGCGCACCAGAGGACAAUCCAACAGACGAUGCAUUCUUCCAAGCUCUCUACGCCGACCCUUCAAUCGGGUCUAUGGCCUCGCCCGCCCUGCAACGCCCGCUCAGCACUAAGGAGCGGAAGGAGUUGCGAACAAAAAUCGAAGCUAUGAUGUUUAUGUCAGUCAUGAUAUGUAUCAUCCCAGAUGAGGGCUCCGAUAAGGAGCCCGAGACAAUCGGAGUGAUCUCGUUAAAACAGGAAGCUCCUGUUCUCGCACAUAAUCGCACAAACGAGUUCGGAAUUGCUAUUGCGCGUCAGUACCAGGACAAGGGGUAUGGGCCUGAAGCUAUCUCGUGGCUGCUGGAUUGGUCUUUUUUGACUGCAGGGCUGCAUCGCAUUGAGCUGAAUGUCUAUGAGUGGAAUGAGAGGGCACAAAAGGUGUACCAAAAGCUUGGCUUUGUACCUGAGGGACGGAGGAGGGAGUGUUUGUGGAAAAAUGGGAGGUGGUGGGAUUGCAUCCAUAUGGGCAUUUUGGCUCAUGAGUGGGAGGCGAGGAAGAAGGCCACUGAUUCCUCAAAUGCUGACUGA